AUGGUAUCGAUUCGUCUAAAAGUUCAAGUUGGUGAUAGUAAAUCAAAUAAUAAUUCUUACCGGCAAUCAGUACCACCACCACCACCGCUGAAAUUUGUUUUCCAUUUUGUUAUUUCACCAUCUAAUACAAUUGCAGAUCUUAUAUAUUUGCUUGAAAGGCAUAUCACUGAAAAAUAUUCAUAUAAAAAUGUAAAAAUCAUCCAACUCAUGACUGAUGAUGGUUAUUUACUAUCGAACGAUGAUUCUUGUUUGGGUCUACUAGAAGAUAAUGAUCGAUUAAUUUGUUAUGAUAUGAAUAAAUUUAUAGAAGAUAAUUAUUUGACGUUAGAUCUUGAAAAUUUAUGGCUGGAAAUAAAACAACAUGAUGCAAGUGAUAAUUUUGAAAAAUCUAUUCAAGUCGGUUUGAAUAAUUUGGGAAAAUUAUUUAUACGAAUAUAUGGAACAUCAACUAUCCGUGGACUUUAUAUGUUUAGUAUAUAUGAAUUAAUAAAAAUCGCUAAUAGAAAGGAACAAAAUAAUAGUAUUGCUCGAUUGAAUGAUAAGAAUUGGUUUAUUGAAGCAAAAUGGGAAUAUGAUUCUAUUUCAGAAGCAUCAUUAUUUCUUCUAUGCAAUUUCAAAAUCGGUUCAAAUGAACACAUUUGGUCUAAUAAAUUACAUCUUUUACUAGAUGAGCCACGCAUGUGUAUAGAAAGAGGUGAAAUAAUUUGUUUAUCAGAUCAAAAAACUCAAGAUGAUAAUUUAAGUGAUCAACAACUAGAACAUUUAAAAGAACUUACUUCAAAAAUUCAAUUAACAAAACGGAUUGGCCCAGAAAUAGAUAUCGAUCGCGAUAGAAACAAAACGAUAACUAAGCAUGAUUGCGAGGGCGAUUCAUUAGUUCGAAUGGCUUAUGGCAGUACAAAUACAGUAACAUCAUAUCAAGAUUUACGUGUGUCAGACGAUGGAACGUUUCUUCAACAUUUUGUGAUCACACAUAUUAAUUUUUCUAAGAAACUAACUGAUGCAUCAGAUGUUUUGCUUCAAGAACAUUUGGCGUCUAUCGAUAAACCUAUUUCCGUUGUAAAGUUAACUGUGUUUUAUCAUGCCGAUAAUGGGUCAUGGUAUGAAUGUGAAGAUAUAGAUAUUGCACCAAUCACACUACGCAAUCAAGAGCCAAUGUGGUUAGCUGAUUCACUGAUUAAUAUUGAACCAGAUAAAUUAGUAUCGUUUGUUAUCAAAGGAUAUUUACGUGUUAAAGGCAAACCUGGGCGAGAUAAUGCAACGAGAAAACGAAUUCACAAAAAUUUAUCACAACCAUUUCAACUUAAAAUCGUUAUAACAGAUAAUUUUCAUAAGCAAUGUUCAUUAAUUGUUGAACAAUUAAAUAAGCCUCUAGAAUAUGAUACAUCGGAAUCGUUUGUUAAAUAUAAUCAAUCGUCGAUUAAUAAUUUACUAGCUUUCGUUUAUGCUGAUGAUUGUAAUGAUGAUGAACGAGUGUUUAUGGCUAUUUAUAUAGAUAAAGAACAUCAACUUGUGAUUAAAUCUGGUCAUUCGUAUUCAAUAACGCUUGGCCGAAAAAAUAUUCGUACUAUGGAGUUUGAAGCAAAACAAAAUCAAACAACAGAAGUAUCGUUUGAUUCAAUUUAUUAUCAAUAUGAUAAACAGGAAAAAAAAGCAACAGCUUUAUUUGAUUCAGAAUAUUUUAUUUUCUAUGCGAUUCGAUUAGAAAUAUCAACAAGUACAUCAACAACUGAAGAAACUGUACUCUUACCAUUAGAAACAAUCAAAUAA